AUGUCAAACCGACCGGAAACGGGCACGCGAGCUUCCGGCAGCGUUCGGCGACCGAGGAAACGGGCACCCGUGGCUUGCCAGUCAUGUCACGCUCGUAAAGUCAGGUGCAGUCUUCCACAGACCGGUGCACCAUGCGCCAAUUGCUCAUUGGACAAUGUUUCAUGCGCGCCCCGUGUGGGCAGGAGAUUUAGGCCGGAAUUACGAUCUCCACCCUUAAGGAUACCUUCGCCGUCCAAUAUUGCUUCCACAGCACAAGCCAAUCAUUUGGAAAGCUGCAGCUUUCCACCCAACCCCGAGAGCCUCGUUGCCUCGGAGAUUCCUUCUCCCAAUAGCGGUCAUGGUCAUGUGGCACCGUUGGCUGAUACCGGUGCCAGCACCCCGUACCGUCCAUUGAAUGAGCAUUUCAGCCACCGCGGCGAAGAAGGCGAAACGGACACAGUGCAGACUGGCGGUGAUACGCCGGAGAGCCGUUAUUCCCCUUUAUAUGGCGAUCCUCGAGGCUUCGCUCUUGUGGUCGACAUUUGUGAGCCGGAGAGGAAGGAAAAGAGCGGCCAUUUCCUCGUCCCACGAAUAAACCCUACGCAUAUAGAUCCAGAAACUAUCGAUUACUUACGUCUAAAGGGCGUCUUCAAUUUGCCAACUCAUGCUGUUUGCGAUACGCUUAUACAGAUAUAUUUUCACCAUGUGCAUCCUUUCUUUCCAAUUGUUGAAGCCAAUUCAUUCCUUGGGGUCUUUGAAACCUCGCGUGAUGAAAUAAGCAUACACCUUUUGUGGAGUAUGUUCCUAGCCGCUGCGAAUUUCGCAGAUGACGCCACCUUGAAAGCGGCCAAUUUCUCGUCCCGAAAAGAGAUGAAGCAUUCGAUGUAUAUCCGUGCUAAGGCUCUUUAUGACGCAGAAUAUGAGAGAAGGAAGAUCACCUUGAUUCAAGCGGUCCUUUUGAUGGGCUUUUGGUAUUCUGAUACUGAGGAUAGAACGGGGCCUUGGCACUGGAAUGGCAUCGCUAUCAGCCUCUGCCAAACGAUUGGACUGUACCGGUUGCCAGAUACCAGCGAAAACCACUUGAAAACUAUAUCGGCGAGCGAUAGAAGACUAUGGCGGCAGAUCUGGUGGAGCUGCCUCUAUCGCGAAGCCUGGUUCUCUGCCGGCAUGGGUAGGCCUAUGCGUAUCAGCCUAGCCGACUGUAACACCCCCGAUGCCGGAUGCCAACGACUCUGA